UCUCUGGUAAACUCAGCAAUGUCUUCGGCGAAACUUUUCGGUUGUGCUAUUACCGUCGAAGCAGAGGAAGGCGGCGGUGGUGUUGGUGAUGGUGGAAGCUCAAUCGCCGUGGAGGUUCCUCGAUCUCAAACCCAAACGGAUUGCUAUCCAUAUUUCCAUUUUCUGGAUUCGAAUUCCGACUCUGGAUUAGCUUCUAUGGAUGACGCAGAACCUGAAUUCAUCGAGAGCCGUACGAGGUCGAUACGGUACGUGACUUUUGUAUAGGUUCGACGAAUCAGAGGGUAAUCAAUAGUACUAGUUUGGGUGGUGGUGGUGGUUUCGGUUUCAAUAUUUUUGAGGAGGAUAUAGAAUUAGGUCUUGGAAUCGGUUCACGUUCAGGUUCGGGUGAUUCAUUGGUUCAUAGGGAGAUCGAUUCGGGUCGAGUCGAAGUUGUUGCUCCUGUUGAACCUAUGGUGCUUGAUGAAGAAUUCGAAUUGGAGAAUUUGCACAACGCGAUCGAGUGGGUUCAAGAACCUGUUCAACAACAAGUUACUCCACCAAGGGAUGAUGAUGAUGAUGAUGAUGAUGAUGAUGAUAAUGAUGAUGAUGAUGCUUGGCAGAUGUGGAAUGCCAACGUGUUUUUUCAAGAUAUGAUGGAUAUGGAUCAUCUAGCUGUUAAUUUUGAAGAUGCUGAAAUUGACGGAGAGUACAAUGCUGCUAUUUUAGUGCAAAUGUUUGAUAACCAGGAUGAUGUCAUCAUGGGGAGUCCUCCCGCAUCCAAAAGAGUGGUUGAUGAUCUUCCUGCUGUGGUGAUUACCUCUGAACAGUUGAGCAACGGGAACACCAUCGUUUGCGCCAUCUGCAAAGAUGAUAUUGUGGUUGAUGAGAAAGCUAAGAGGCUUCCUUGUAAUCAUUACUAUCAUGGUGAGUGUAUAGUACCUUGGUUGGGGAUAAGGAAUACAUGUCCGGUUUGUAGGUAUGAGCUACCUACUGAUGAUCCUGAAUAUGAAAGGAAUAGGAGAUUGCAGAGGCGUGGUAGCAACGGUUUGGCAAGGUAGUAGAUGAAGUGAUUGUGCUUUGUUCUUCUUCGGUAAGGCCUCAUUGGGAAAUGAUCCGUCUCUGGUUAAUGUGAUGUAGAUAUUGGUCAUCAUAGUUUAAAAGGAAGAAUACAUUUUGCAAGUUAUUUAGGUUUUUUAUUUAUCUCUUUAGACUUUGCUGAUAAUUGCAGUCACAGUUUGUUUAUCAUUGAGGAAUUUGGUGAUCUGACUUUGGUUAGUUCUAACUUUGAUUCAUUUUUUGCGAUGUGAUUUUUGAUGCCUUUUUAAGUACCAAACACCUUACCAGUGCAAGGUUUAUGAAUCCAUUAGAGAUGUUGCGAUAGGGUAUGAUCCAAUUCCAAUCCAUCUCCUCCUACAGGUAUAGUCAUGUGCUUCUGUGGCCAGAUUGUGGUUUACCAAGUACAUUGUUAAAAGAGAAUGAUGGUUAUGGUCCGGUUUAACGUGGUCUUGUCAAAUUUUGGUCUUAUAUGGACCGUAUUUAAUUCAAAAUGUGGGCUUUUGUUAGUCCAUUAUAACUCCUUAUUUUAUUUUUAUUUUCAUUGGCGAAAUCUAUAUUUUAUUGUUGAAGCUACAUUACACUGAAAACAAACUGAGAAACCCCUUGCCGUUGCAAUGAUUCAGUGUUGUAUCUUGUUGGAUGUAGUAAGUUUUCUUUUUCUCUGGUUAUAA